GGUUAAUGGUUGGAAUCGAUGAUUUUAGAGGGCUUUUCCAACUAAACUAUUCUGUGAUUGCCACAGCUGGACAACAUCCAGCUUCAGCCCAUGGGGCCUCCAGAAGGGUUACUAAGCUGGAUGCUUUUUAAGAGCUCCCAAAAAUGUUUGUGUUCAGCAGGGAAGCUCUGCUGUCUCUGCAAAAGCAGAGGGCUCCCACAGAGAUGUUUGCUACUGGCUGUUAUGUUAUACAGGCAGUCCAGUUGUCAUAGGGUCUUAGAUGAAAAUGAAAAGGCAUGUUUAAAUCUAGUUGUGCUGAAUAACUUGAUUAGUUGAAGCAUUUAUGAUAAUUGUAUUGAAACCCUCAUUUUCAUUGAUGGGGUUGUUUUUGCAAAUUAUUAACAAUUACAGGUCACCCUUGAGAUGAAAGCAUCUUAAACCUUGUUCUAAAAGCUUUUAAAAAGUAAUUCAUAUCUUAUUUACUCUGUCACCAGAUCAUUUAAUGUGCUAAUGCACUGGGAAUGUCGAGCUGUGCUGAUAAGAGCAGAGUUUUCCUUCUGUUCGUUUUUAUUCCUAUGUAAAUAUAAUUAAGGCAAGAAGUGUCUUAGGGGCGCCCGAUCACAUGCAUCAAAUUAGCUCCCUUUUUGCCUUGUAAGGCCAACACACACAGAAUUGCAAGGUUUCUGGGAAAGAGCCAUGGCUUAGGGCAGCACCUUACAUAUUCGGCCUCUGAGCCCUCACCUAUGCUGGCUCUAUGCAGGGAAUCCUCAAGGGUCAUUCACUGGGAACUAAAUACCUGUCUCAUCUUCAGCAUGGCAACAGACCCAGCAAGUACCUCUGGAAAUACUGUCAUAUUUCAUGUUAGGUUGGUGCUUAAGGUGUUCUGAAUUUAGGUUUGUAUUGAAGCAAGACUCCAGCAAACAUCGAGUCUUGGGAAAACUGGAAUUGAGGAAUUUUGGAGUGAUUCUUCCAAAAUUUGCGGGGAAAUGGAAAUCUUUUCACUAUCUGCUGAAAGCUUUGUAUUAGAUCUGUGAAAAAAGGUAUGGAGUGAUAUAAAGAGCUCAUGCAUCUGCAUAUCUGAGAACAGGAGCCAACAUGCUCCAGCAAAGCUUUAAUGUAUCACAGGGAAGAGUACAUCAGGGCACACUGAAAACAUCCAAGAUACAGGGGAGGACAAUCUUUGGGCAGAGUUAUAUCUUUAGGAUAAAGUUUGAAAUUUGGUAAUUAUUCUCUAAAGCACCACAAGGAACUAGCAGUAUUCAGUGGGGAUGAGGUAAAGAUAACUUCAUCCAUCUGCUGGAGGCUUCAGUUUCUCAGAGACCAGGCUCUCUGAUAAAGGGUGACUUGAUCCCAGACUACCUAGCGAGCAGUCAUUUGAGUUAGUCACCAUACAGACAGAGUAAUUUAGGCAGUGGUCUAUGCAUGUUGAUGACCCCUACAAACCAGACUGAUUUUGAUUUAGUGGCCAAGAGUGGUUUCAGAUGCUUGAUAUAAGACCUUUUCAGAUAAGGAGCCUAUUGUGACUUGGUCAAACCACUCCAUCACUACACUAUAUAAUUUGAAGCAUAUAAUUUGACACUAUGUAAUCCAUCAGAGUUCAUCUAUCUCAACUGAAAUGACUUUGUACAUGAAUAUAUGAAAUUCUAAUGCUGUCCCAUUUUCCAGUUCCCAUAAAUUAAAUGUGUUCAGUAGAAGACUGAGAACGUAUAAGAUCAUCUCUCUGCCCUUUUACAUUGACAAAGGUUGUAGCAGACUACAACUGAAAAGUAGUCAUUACUUUAGUCACAAAAGACCCUAGAGUGAACACAAUACAAAAAGAGAAUUAAUAGUAUGUUACCUGUGUACGAUGGGACUGCAGACAGACACUGAAGUGUCAAUAACUUGAAGUGAGAGUGGCUGCUGUUGUUGCCUUUUUUUUUUUCUUCAAACUACUCCAACAUCCUGUGCCAAAUAAUUUUGACAGCUUUCAGCUACGAGGGAAUACAUAGGCAAAAUUUACUGCUAUAAACAUAUAUUUAGGAGGAGGAUGGAGUAAUUUUCUGUGCUAACCACUGUGCCGUCAGUACACUGUUGAAUUGUGAGUGUUUACUGCAUGAUGUGCAUAGUGUCUGAAAAAACAUUGUUUUUUCGUUUCUGUUUACAUGGCUUUUUCUACACUAGUUUCACCAUUUUAGCAAAAUAUCAAAUACAAUUGUCUUUCCUAGGUUUCAGCUGAGAGAUCGACCGGAAUAGCCAGUCAAUAUAACAAUGCUCACAAGGAUGCAGGGAUGAAGAUAAGACAAACCAUAGUAAGCUUGGUAGUAUAGCAGCAUCAUUAACCUUUUUUUUUUUCCUGCACUAUAUUUUUCACAGACAAGAGCGUUAGUAAUUUUAACUUUGAUUGAGAACUGCUAUUAUCCACUCACAGCAUGUGGGAGCAAACAGGCACUUGGAUAAAUCACAAAAAAAGAAAACCACUUAGCAUGCUGCUUCCCUCAAAAACACUUUUUCUGAAGGUAUAAAGCUGAGUGCUGCAGGGAGAGCAUGUGUGAAGAGAGAAGCAAGGCUACAACAGCCCAAGGAAGCAUGCUCAAGGUCAGCCUCUCUCACAGAAGACUGGGAGGUCACGUUUGAUUUAGAAGAAAUCGUGAAGAUGAUUUUCCUGAGUGACAUAACUGCAGCCAUUAGCAAACUUAUCCAAGAGCAAUCAUCCAUUAAAGGCACUCAGCCCUGGGGUGCAUUUGCCACCCUUCAGCACUGGAUGAAGCAGGCAGUGACUCCACCAGCAUGAGUAUGCCAGAGGUCUUCUUCUCUACACCCAGUGCUGCUCCAGCAGAUUGCUAGGAAAACAAUGAAUAGGAGGAAACCUGGAAGCUUUUUGCUGCUUUGUUGAAUAUGGGAUUAUAAAAAAAAAUUGCACCUGGAACAUCUCUCUAAAUGGAUGACUUCUGAACCUGCAACCCUUCAUUACCUGAAGCAGCACCUUCUUGCAUCCUGGAGGAGAAAAUGAAUUUCACAAAUUGCACCACUGAAGCCAGUGGGGCUGCAAAGCCAAAAACAGUAACUGAAAAGAUGCUUGUUACCCUGACCUUGGCCACAAUCACAACCUUGACUAUGCUGCUGAAUUCUGCUGUAAUUGCAGCAAUCUCCACAACCAAGAAGCUCCACCAGCCGGCAAAUUAUCUCAUAUGUUCACUAGCUGUGACAGAUCUCCUUGUUGCUGUUCUCGUCAUGCCCUUGAGCAUCACUUACAUAAUGAUAGAUAAAUGGACUUUGGGAUACUUCAUCUGUGAGAUCUGGCUUAGCGUCGACAUGACCUGUUGCACAUGUUCAAUCCUUCAUCUGUGUGUCAUUGCAUUGGACAGGUACUGGGCAAUCACAGACGCUAUCGAAUACGCCAGGAAAAGAACGGCAAAGAGAGCUGGGCUGAUGAUAGUCACCGUGUGGGCUAUCUCCAUUUUCAUAUCAAUGCCCCCUUUGUUUUGGAGAAAUCACCACAGCAUCAAUAUUCCCAGCGAGUGUCGCAUUCAGCACGAUCAUGUAAUCUACACUAUUUAUUCCACAUUUGGGGCAUUUUACAUACCCUUGACUUUGAUCCUGAUCCUGUACUACAGAAUUUACCACGCUGCAAAGAGCCUUUACCAAAAGCGGGGUUCAAGCCGCCACCUCAGCAACAGGAGCACAGACAGCCAAAACUCUUUUGCCAGCUGCAAGCUCACACAGACAUUCUGCGUCUCGGACUUUUCCACGUCUGACCCGACCACAGAGUUUGAUAAAAUCAACGCAUCCGUGAGGAUCCCACCUUUCGAGAAUGACUUGGACCUGGCUGGCGACCGGCAGCAGAUCUCCACGACAAGGGAACGAAAGGCUGCUCGCAUUUUGGGGCUGAUUUUAGGUGCUUUCAUUUUGUCCUGGUUGCCCUUUUUCAUCAAGGAACUGCUUGUGGGCCUCCACAUUUGCACUGUCUCUCCAGAAGUAGCGGACUUCUUGACCUGGCUUGGAUAUGUCAACUCCCUCAUCAACCCUUUGCUGUACACGAGCUUCAACGAGGAUUUCAAGCUGGCCUUUAGAAAGCUUAUCAGGUGUCGGGAACAUACAUAAAAAUACUGGGAGAUGAUGAUGCUGACAUGACUCCUAGCCUUAAAAUUGAGCAAAAUAAUUUGACUUUGUCACCAUUUCCCUUGAUAAAAGGGAUUUUUGUGUUUGCCUAUUUGCUUGACUUAUUGUCAGCCUGUAAUUCAUUAUGCUGUUUUUUUAAUCUCUAGUGUUAUUCAUGGUAAAGGGUUUGAAAUAAAUUUAUUCUACAAAGGAAAAGAUUUUUUAGAAAUGAAACAACAAAAGAGAUAUUAUUACUAUUAGAUACUGAUGUUUAAGACAUUUUUGUAAUCAAUGAUUCAAGAAGCAAACAACGGUAUUCACUUUUAUACUUUUUCCAUUUAAGAAUCAAACAUCUAAAUUGUCAUGCACUGUAAAACUGAACCCCAUAAAUACAUAUUCAAAAAUUAAUAAACACUUCAUGAUCAUGACAGCUAAACAACAAAUCUUUACUUUGAAUGGCAUUCUGUAACAGCCACUUAGAAGGGAAAUUACCACCAUUUCCACUUUGGGCUGUAGCAGAAUAAACUAUUCCUUUCUUCAGGAAUACACUCCCAAAACAGAAAGCAAAGUUCAGUUCAUUGCAUCCGAAAAUUAAUCUCAUUUUUUAUUCCAAAGCAAUUGUUUAGGUGACUGUCUUCAUAUAAUAUUCCAGAUUUAUCUGAAAAGAGUUGGGCAGACACCUCUGCAGUUUGUUUGGGAAUUGAGAGGAUGCAGCUAGCAAGUGUCACACUUGUGAAACUAAUUGCACAUCUGACUGGUCACACAUUUAAUACCACUAACCUUAUUUCUUCAGACCUUGUAUUUUGGCCGGUUCUGGAAUGAUAUUAUUCACUUGUGUCACACUUCACCUGGGCCUUGUAGUGAACAACCCCAUGUAUUGAUUGAUCUUACCCCACUGACUUAAACAACUGGAAAUCUUUUCUAGCUAACAUUAAUACCUAAAAAGAGGGAAAAAUUAAUCUCAGUCACUGAAAAUGUUUUUUAGUGAGGAAGCACAGAGAUCCCGUAUGGUUUUUCCUUUUUGCAGCUUGUUGGAGGUGGAAACUGUUGAUUGAAACUGGGGAAGUGUGUUCUUAUCCUGCCUAUCUCUAAAGCUUCCAAAGCAGCUCCCCAGAGUACCUAUGCUGUUAAGGAAAAAAAAAAUAGCUGGGAAUUAAAAUAAAAUGUAGUAUUGUUAA